CAACCCAAACCCACCCUGAGAUUCUGUGAUUCCCAAAAUCAGCUGGCGUUUUAAAUAAAGCGGAAUUACCUGGGCCAUCUUCUCCCAUUUGCUGAUCUCUGCUCUCCUCAGGUCCGACAGCUGGAAUCCACAAUCCUGUCCCUAAAGCACCAGAAGCACCAAAGCCAGGCAGGGAUUGUCAAAGCCAUGGAGCAGGAGAAGCUGAGCUUGAAGAGGGAGUGCGAGCAGCUGCAGAAGGAGCUGUCAUCUGCCAACAGGAAGAUCAGUCAGAUGAAUUCUCUUGAACGUGAACUGGAAAGCAGCUCAGAAAAUGAAGGGCUGAGAAAAAAGCAAGUCAAGCUGGAUGAUCAGUUAAUGGAGAAGCUGCAGGCCAGGGGGAUGCAUAGCCAGGGCUCCCCACAGCACGGCUGUGCCUCGGUGCCCCGGGAGCAGCUCCUGCAGCUGCAGCUGCUGCAGGCCGAGAGGAGGAGCCAGCACCUGCAGGAAGAGCUCCAGCGCAGAGCCCCAGGGACAGACACGCAGCAGGAGGGUCAUGAGCAGCUCCUGAAAAUGAUGGAAGAGAGGAUGAUGGACGUGGAGCAGAAAUUAAGGCUGGUGAAGAGGCUUCUCCAAGAUAAAGUCAAUCAGCUGAAAGAACAACUUUCCAAGAACACCAAGGCAGAUGCCAUGGUCAAGGAUCUCUACGUGGAGAACGCGCAGCUGCUGAAGGCCCUGGAGGUGACAGAGCAGAGGCAGAAAAGUGCAGAGAGGAAGAAUUAUCUGCUGGAAGAGAAAAUUGCCAACCUCAACAGAAUAGUGAAGAAUUUGGCCUCUCCCUCCUUCAGCCCAGAGAUCAGGUCAUAGCAAUGCUGUUGUGUGUCACAGCCCCUGCACUUUACUGAAAUGGGAAUAUUUCAGCUUCUCACGGCGUUGCCUUUUUUUACUGAAUGAGUUUUUGGUUACAAAUGCCUCCCCAGAGAGCACAGAGCUGAUUCCCAAAAUGGACACUACCAAAGGAGGAUUUUGUUGGUUCCCAAAUUGGGUUUCUGCUAAGUUUUGCCUAAAAAUAAUCAUCACUAUGUAAAAAUCCUCAAAUUUAUGUUUUUCUAGGUUAACCUAUUUUGAUGCCUUGGCUUUCAUUACAAUCCAAAUUCUGAAUUUCCUGUACUGGAUCAUCUAGAUUGAAGCAAAGGCCUAAAGAAAACUCAGAUUGUUGAACUGAAAACUUAAUAUUUUCAGCUUUCUAAAAUAGCUCCAAACCUAGAAAUGCUGAUGGGUCAGUCUUCAACACUCAGCAAAAAUGGAAUUGAAGGCAAGACUUUGCUGCUGUGGGCUGUGUCCUGUGAACUGGUUCUGGUUUCUCUAAAGCAAUUAUUCAUUAGGCUUCUGGGUUGUUCUUAAUGGCUGUCUCUCUGCAGAGCUCAGAAAAAAAGAGAUUUAUUUAAAAUACAGAACUAGACUACUGCCUCCAACUAAGUGUGACAAUAUUUCAUCUGAAGGAAUUUCCCAACUAGCAAAUAAAGACUAUAAUUUCCUUUUUUAUUUUUAAGCUGUGCUGCCAGACAACUCUGAAUUGUAGAGGCCUUACUGGUUUUGUACAUGGAAAUAAGUUAAAUCAAGGAAGAGUCACUCGGGAGAAGCAGAGCUGGGAGAUUUGUUUGUGUGAUUUGUAAAUUCAGUAAAGCAGUGCAGUGCGUUUAUUAAAGAAGAAUGGAGAGGGGCACCGGGAUGAUUUUGUCAGUGGGAUCCUGGUGUUGGAACCCUCAUGAGCAUGGGGCUUUGCCAGGAAUGCAGCAUUUGCUCUGACCUGAGGAAUCAUCUGGAAAAGUCUUGUCUUUUGUGAUAAUCCUAGUGCAGAAUCUGUCAUUAGUUGUGAAGAAACACAUUCGGUGUAAUCACGAAGAACUCAGGGAGUAGCAGCCUAAAUCAGCUGUAAAUGUGGGUGUAAAUGUGGGUGUAAAUGUGGGUGUAAAUGUCAGCAGAGGGAGGAAAACACCCCUGAGGGCAAGCAGCACAAAACAAAUUGGAUUUGGGUGAGUAUUUCCUUGGUGCUCCUUGCCCAGGUUCCAGAGGAGCAUCGAGGUUGGGGAUGAGUGGAAAAAUGAAAUUUUUUUGGGGAACACCUUCAGGACAGAGGGGUUUGCCAGAGGAGCAGCUGGAUGAGAGCUGCCUGCUCAAGGGGUGUGGGUUAUCCUGGCCUGCCUCCCCAGACCAGUCACACACAAUUAAACAUGGUAAAUAAAAAUAAACUGGGGCCGUUCUGGAGUACUUGAAACUGGACCUCUUUAAAUGCAAGAUUGAGAGGGGCAGGAGGAGGUGUUUUCUCUCAGAGACCACUGGCAAGCUGAUCAUUGUGUCAGGAGCCAAAAUUCCUCCAGAAACUGGGGUAAAACUGCUGCAAGCUGUGGAGGAGCAGAUGGAAAAUGGGAUUUACUGAUGUGGCUGAGAGGAUGUUCCCUGUGUCUCUGGGGGUGUGGGCUGAACUAGAGACAGGAAACACUCUGCUCACUGAAAAUGACUUUUUCCUCCUCCUUUUCCUCCUCUAUUGCUUUGUGCAGGCAACAAAGUGGAAACAGAAAUAGAAUCAUGGAAUAGCAUCACAUUGGAGUCCUCAUAAAUUAUUUCACUGCUGUGCUCUUCUUAUUGCAUGUAGUGGAGAUUUCUCCAAGUCAUCCCAAAUUCAACAGUUUAUAGAUUUUUCAGAGGCUUCAAAAAUAUUUUCACAAACUGGAAGUGUCUUAAAAUGAUAGAAAUCUGAGGGUUUGAAAAGCUGAAGUAGUGAUUUAUUGGUGUUUUCAUCACCAAGAGGUCUGAGUUACAUGUUAAUAAAUCUCUGUGUGGCUACCAGGGCAAAGUGGAAACUGAGCACACCCUAAACCCACGCUCUGGAAAUCAACAAAGUUCCAAAAUAAUUCCAGGAAACAAAAGAAAUACUGUAUUUGGAAAAAAAAAAAUAUUACCUAGUACAUUUUAAGACUACUUCAUACCUUGACCUUGAUUUACUUGUGUCUGUGACCAAAGUCUAAAAAGAAAGAAUGAAUAUUUCACUUAAAUCAUUGUGCAAUUAUUUUCAUGUUGCUCAAUUUAAAGGCUGGACUAUUUCACUAAUUCUUUUAAUCUCCUGGUAGUUACCAGGCUUUAAUAACAGACAUUGCUGGAGCACAGCACCAAAAAGGGAGAAGCAGAAAUAGGGAAAAGGGACUUUUGUUUUUUUUUUUCCCUUUCUCCCCUAUCCUACUUUGCUGUACUUUCACUAAACUUCAGAAAAAACCAACUUAACUACGGGAGAGAGGAGGAGGAAAACGUGCUGUUGGUAAAAACUCCGAUUUCACAGGAAGAUUUGUGUGGAUUAAUUCCCAGAAGUGCCUUUUGCCGUGCUGUACUGUAGUGGUUGGGGUGCCUCAGGACAAUCCCUUCCCACAGGGAGGGAUCCCAGAGAAAGGCAGAGCUGCUUCCACACCUUGCUCCUGAGUUCAGUGUGGCAGCUCAGAAGAAAAGCAGCUGUUUUACAGAGCCCAGGCUACUGAAAAUAAGCAUAGAAACACAAUUUAUUAAGCAUUAGGGGUGUUUUGUGCAUGAAUGUGUCUCCUAUGCAGAAUAGGCAAAAAAAACCAAAGUAUUUAAUGUUAUUGUUGCUGUCAGAAAUCACUGAACUUUUAGGCCUUGUUCCUACAACAGGUCCUGCCAUGUCAGAUAUGAACUACUUCAUUACCAGAAGGUGUUUUAAAUGUCUUCAGCUCUUACUUUAUGAAUCACUGUGAAAAUAAAGGCACAUAGACAUUUCAGGUUGGGGACAGGCCCCAGGUUAAACAGAGGUGUACAAAAUUCACGCAGCUCAAGUGCUGCUUGUCAGUUUAGAAUGAUUGAAAAGUCUUCAUUGUGGCACAUGCUCCAAGUGGGGCUUUAAAUACAAGGAAAAAUGGAGCUGUUUGAAUUCUGCUUGAGGAAAGAAACAGGAUAUUAACAUUUUUUAUUUUAGCCAGGUUAUGUUAGGUAUAGCAGGGGGGAACAGUCUGGAUUGAUAAAGAGUAAAAUCCUUUUGUUUACUUCCAGCAAGUGCCAUCCCUGUCACUCAGGUUUUCCAUCAUUUACCUGUCCAAUCUCUGUUCGGUGUCGUUUCAUGACAAACAACUUGUGUAUAAAGGAAAACAAAUGUAUAUUUUUUUUUUCUAUUGAGUUUGUUUUGUUCUGGUGUAAUAUAUUGUCCUUAGAACAUCAUGUAAAGCUGAGAGAUGAAGCAACUGAUACAUUAUUUAUAAUGAGCAUAAAAAAUACAUUAAUGUACAAUGCA